CAAGUUUAGCCAGCUGACUGGAGUGGGAUUUAAAUUCGCAGCAAGUUUGCACAGGCAUUCACAUGCCAGGUGGAAAUGAUUCGGAAUAUCAAACCAAUGCAGAACAGAAGGGUCAUGGGAGCCUGGAGCCUAUCGAGGAAACCCAGGAACACCCUGCUGGGGAUGCCGAUCCAUCGCAGGAAACACCCUGCUGGGGAUGCCGGUCCAUCGCAGGAAACGCCCUGCUGGGGAUGCCGGUCCAUCGCAGGAAACAGCCUGCUGGGGAUGCCGGUCCAUCGCAGGAAACGCCCUGCUGGGGAUGCCGGUCCAUCGCAGGAAACACCCUGCUGGGGAUGCCGGUCCAUCGCAGGAAACGCCCUGCUGGGGAUGCCGGUCCAUCGCAGGAAACACCCUGCUGGGGAUGCCGGUCCAUCGCAGGAAACGCCCUGCUGGGGAUGCCGGUCCAUCGCAGGAAACGCCCUGCUGGGGAUGCCGGUCCAUCGCAGGAAACGCCCUGCUGGGGAUGCCUGUCCAUCGCAGGAAACACCGUGCUGGGGAUGCCAGUCCAUCGCAGGAAACGCCCUGUUUUGGAUGCCGGUCCAUCGCAGGAAACAGCCUACUGGGGAUGCCGGUCCAUCGCAGGAAACACCCUGCUGGGGAUGCCGGUCCAUCGCAGGAAACACCCCUGCUGGGGAUGCCGGUCCAUCGCAGGAAACACCCCUGCUGGGGAUGCCGGUCCAUCGCAGGAAACAGCCUGCUGGGGAUGCCGGUCCAUCGCAGGAAACAGCCUGUUGGGGAUGCCGGUCCAUCCCAGGAAACACCCUGCUGAGGAUGCCGGUCCAUCACAGGAAACAUCCUGCUGGGGAUGCCAGUCCAUCGCAGGAGACCCAGGAACACCUUGCUGGGAAUACCGGUCCAUCGCAGGAAUACCCAGCUGGGGAUGCCGGUCUAUCGCAGGAAACAGCCUGCUGGGGAUGCCGGUCCAUCGCAGGAAACACCGUGCUGGGGAUGCUGGUCCAUCGCAGGAAACACCGUGCUGGGGAUGCCGGUCCAUUGCAGGACGCUUUGGACAUUUAGUUGAAGAAAGAGUACUUACAUGUGCCCAUGAGCAGAGAGCCCUGACUCUGAAAAGAGUUUGUAAAGGUGUAUAAAUUAGCCUUCCAUGCAUCCCGCCUGAAUCAGAUUUUGGAUGCCUCAGCUACAAAUCGAAUAUGAUGGUCAUGAAUUUUGUAUAACUUUACCCUCCUGCAUUUAUUAAUAAAAUCCCUCAUCCAUACCUCAAUAACAGGCUGUUCUCUGCACAGGAUGUACAUCAGAUA